CGGUGCAGCGAGGCCACCAGCCCUGCCACCGCCUGGGUCACCCUGCCCGGCACUGAGACCAGGACGGGGGCUAUGGGCGCUUCUCCCUCUGCGGUGGGGACCCCAGGGACGGCCGGCCACGGGGACACGGUGCACAGCCUGCAGGAGCUGCGGCGCAGCGCGUCCCUGGCCACCAAGGUUUUUGUGCAGCGGGACUACAGCGACGGGACCACGUGCCAGUUCCAGACAAAGUUCCCCCCCGAGCUGGAGAGCCGGAUUGAGCGCCAGCUCUUCGAGGAGACCGUGAAAACUCUUAACAGCUUCUACGCUGAAGCAGAGAAGAUCGGGGGCAGCUCGUACCUGGAGGGGUGCCUGGCCUGCGCCACCGCCUAUUUCAUCUUCCUCUGCAUGGAGACGCACUACGAGAAGGUCCUGAAGAAGAUCUCCAAGUACAUCCAGGAGCAGAACGAGAAGAUCUACGCGCCGCGGGGGCUGCUGCUCACCGACCCGCUGGAACGUGGCAUGAGGGUCAUCGAGAUCUCCAUCUACGAGGACCGGUGCAGCAGCGGCAGCUCCAGCAGCGGCAGCUCCAGCAGCAGCAGCGGCGGCGGGGGGGGGCGGCGCUGGGGGCCGGUGACUGGCAGAGAGUCCCUGCAGGGACUCGUACUGCCGGGACAGCGGCCUCUCCGAAAUCCGCAGGCUGCACUACCAGAGCACCCGCUUCUGAGCCCAGAGCGGGCAGGCAGGGGGGGCCCGGGGGCUGCCCCCCCCCCCCCGGCGACGGGCCCCCCACAGAGGCUCUGCCCCUGCUCAGACCCGCUGCGGGCAGGGGCUGCUGCUGGGGCGUCCCAGGUGCUUCCCACUGAGCCAAACCAGUGCCAAAGGGCUCCCGCAGCCCCCACCCCGGGGUGCUCUGCGCCGCCGCCCCUGCCCCGAGCAACCCCAGCGGGCAGCACCCCAGUGCCUGCAGUGCCAAGGAUGGGGGGGCUUAGCCCCGUGCCCCCGGGGUCCCUGCUCUUGGUGCCACGUGCCCGUCGCCCCAGUGCCACUUUGUCCGCGUGUCGGUGCUGUGCGUACCCCACACGCUGCCCAUUGCUGCUCCCGGGGAUCCCGACUGCUCCGGCAGCACCCUGCUCCCUGCCCGACCCCGUGCCGCCCCCCCUGCUCCUGCUGCCGAGCCCUCCUCUGCCCCACACGUCCCGCAUGCGUCCGUCACCUCCCUGCCUCGGGGUGCCCUGCUCCCUGCAGGCACCAGCCCUGCAGAGCCCCCCCUCUGCCCCCAGUUCUCAGCCUGUGGGGACCCCUGGCUGCAAGGCAGGGCCAGGUGGGGGUCUGUUGGAAUGGGGAGAUGAGCCCACGCGUGGGUGCAGGGUGGAACUGAGCCGGCAUGGCUCUCCUGGGGCUGCAUGGGGAGGGCUCUGCCCCCCAGGACCCCCCUCAGCUCGGUCAUUGUGCGCAUAGGGACCCCAGCCCCGUUGUUCCCGCUGGGGCACCCUGCAUGGAGCCCUUCAAUAAACCUCAUGCUUCAUCCCCA